UCCAUCAAAGUGGAGGUGGGACGCAUCAACUAAGAGAUGGCGAAGGAGGAGGCGCCAACUCAAAUUCGGCCCUCCUAUUGGCCGUGUCUACAACGUGCAUCCUAGCUGCGGAGAACUCUUCUAUCUUCGGAUGCUCCUCACGGUUGUGGCUGGUGCUACAAGUUUCAAUGACCUCAAGGUUUACCAUGGAAGGUUGCACACCUCCUUUAAGGCAGUUUGCCAGGCGCGUGGUUUGGUUGGUGAUGACAACGAGUGGUUCCUUCUAUUUGAUGAAGCCGUUCAAUGGGCUUCUUCUUAUCAGUUGCGGCAUCUAUUCAUGACUGUCUUGCUAUUUUGUGGUGUCACUGAUGGCCAACGACUUCUAGAUAAAUAUUGGCGGUUUAUGGCAAAUGAUAUAGCUUUCCAGAUUGCACGCUCUCUAAAUGAUACUGUUCAGGCAAUCCCUUCCGAAUAUUUACACAUUCAGCUGUUGCACGAGCUAUCUGUUAUGUUUGGUAAAAAUGGUUACUCCUUAUCAUCUUUCGGUAUAUCCAUUCGCAAUGCAAGGUUGCUUGGCAAUAGGUUGAUUUUAGAAGAGCUACAGUAUGACAGGAAUGAGCUUAGAGAAAUGGCUUCUUCUUUCCAUGGAAGGUUAAAUGAAGAUCAGCUCUAUAUCUACAACCAGAUCAUGCGUGCAGCCCUCAAUUCUGUUGGGGGCGUUUUCUUUGUUUCUGGUCAUGGUGGUACAGGCAAAACGUUUCUGUGGACCUCUAUUAUUGCGAGGUUACGAGCCGAUGAUCAUGUCGUUCUUCUUGUAGCUUCUUCAGGUGUAGCUUCGCUUCUGUUACCAGGUGGAAGGACGGCUCAUUCACGUUUUAGGAUACCUGUUGAAGUCAACGAGCGAAGCAUGUGCACCAUUUCCCGGGGCAGUAAUCUAGCUGAAUUAAUAGAGAAAGCAACACUCAUACUUUGGGAUGAAGCGCCAAUGACUCACAGACGUUGCUUUGAAGCGGUUGAUAGAAGCAUGAGGGACAUUUUGUCUGCGAAUGAACCUUCACGGAAAUUGCUCCCUUUCGGUGGGAAGACUGUAGUUUUGGGAGGGGAUUUCAGGCAAGUGUUACCUGUUGUGGAAGGGGGCAGUAGAGCGGAAAUUGUCAACUCUUCCCUUAUGAAGUCACCCCUUUGGCAGCAUGUAACUGUCCUCAAGCUACGCAGAAAUAUGAGAUUGUCUAAUCCACAGUUGUCUGAUGAGGAACGAGCUGCUUUGGAGGAAUUUGCGCAGUGGGUCCUCGAUGUCGGUGAUGGAGCUGUGCACAUGGAUACACGAGGAGAGGCUACCCCUUCAUGGAUCUCCUUGCCACCAGAUACAGCACUGCUGCCAGACUCUGAUCCUAUUUCUGCUAUUGUUGAUGCAGUGUAUGAUUCAUUUACUCAAUGUAUUCUGAUGCAGCUUAUCUGGCAGACCGCGCCAUUGUGUGUCCUACUAAUAAAGUUGCCGACUCUAUCAACGAGACUAUUUUCUCUAAGGUGCCUGGGGAGGAGAUGCUGUUCGAGAGCUGUGAUUCUAUAUGUAAAACUCUCGACCAUGCGGCUGAUGCGGAACUGUUAUAUCCUCCUGAAUUUCUCCAUAAGAUCGAUCCUCCAAACUUUCUGCAGCAUAGGAUUUCAUUGAAGGUAGGGGUUCCAAUAAUGUUGUUAAGGAAUAUUAACCAAGCUAUUGGACUUUGCAAUGGCACCCGUUUAAUGGUUACACGUCUAGGAGAAUGGGUCCUUGAAGCUAAAAUUAUGACAGGGACCAAUAUUGGUGAACGUGUGUGCAUACCAAGAAUUGUUCUACACGCACCAGCCACCAAAUGGCCAUUUACAUUGCAGCGCCGUCAAUAUCCAGUUAGGCUAUGCUAUGCAAUGACUAUCAACAAGAGUCAGGGUCAAACUCUUAAGAAGGUUGGGGUCUACUUGCCCAAACCGGUGUUCUCGCAUGGGCAAUUCUAUGUUGCAAUCUCAAGGGUAACAUCAAGGGAAGGGCUGAAAGUAUUGGCGCUCGAUGAAUCUGGCAAGCCGACUACCCAGACUAGAAAUAUAGUGUACCAGGAAGCUCUUGCUCAUCUAUGAAUGUCACUUCUUACAUGGUACCAUUUCUUGGCAGAAUCAGUGGAUUCCUUUUUCUUCUAGCGCUCUGCUAUGUGAUCUAGGUUCAGGGAUACUCUCCCGUUGUUUAAACCGUGUAUGUCAGGCUUAUGGGCAUGUGUGCUGUUUUACCACAUAUCCAUCAAACCUAAUGGAAGGAGUUUCUGAAUUUGUGUGCUGGCUGCAGCGGCCUGCAAUCUGAAACCGUG